UCCCGAGGCCCCUCCAUCUGUCUGCAACCAGCUACUGAAAAAAUCCUUCUCUGAAAGUCUCUGAAUUCAUCUCUGAAAAUGGCAGUUGAUUUAGCCCCACCCUUUCAUUACCAAUUUACUGCUGCUUUGGCUUCUGUCGCUUUUUACCCAAGCACUGUGCAACUUGCGAGACUAGGGCACUAUCAUUCUUUGAACUUCUUUAUCUGGCAGCCUGGGUGAAAGGGGCAGAAAGCUUGGGGAAAUGUUAGGGUUUAUAGGAUCGAAGGGGACUGAGAAAAGUUUGUGUUUGGGUGCAUUAGUGUUGCAGGUGGAAAUGAAUUUUUUGGUUUUGAAAUCUGAAGGGUGCUGAGGAACGCUCAGGACUGGUUUUAGUGUGAUUUGAUAUUCAUGUGAUGCUCCUGAGUAAAAGCUUGCAACUGAGAUGCCAGACAAGUUCUUUCACUACCAAUUAAAAGCUGAUACAUUUUGCUGAGGUUCCAAAAUGGUGGAAACUGGAAGACGUUCCUUAGAGAUUCCUAUAGCAAAAACCCUGGUUGCCCUUCGAAGAGUGCGAUCUUUGAGGGAUCCAAUGACCAACUCCAUCAGUAAAUUUGGUUCCUUAAUCGAUGAUCUAGGAUGGGAAGCUAAAUCCUGCAAUGGUGGUUCUAUUUGUGGCAAUGCAGGUGGGGAUGGCAUUCAUGAAUCACAAUUGCGUGUUUCUGCUUCUGACAUCCAGAGUGAUGGAUUUAUCUACCAUGGAGAAAUUGAAAGAAUCAUUCGUGGUACUGAUGAACAAGACGAAAAUGGGUCUUGUGAAAAUGUGACUAACCAACAAGUCCAAAUGGAUGAUUAUAAGGGAGGAGAGAGAGUACGAGUCUCUCAAUGUAGAAAUGGUGAGAGCAAGCUGUAUGAUGUCAAAACAUCCCCGGGUAUAAUAAGAGAGAGAAAGACUGGUGACCGAGUGUGUAAAGCAAAGCAUAAUGACAGGAAUGAGCCAAUGAAUUCAGUAGAGGCUUUCUCUUCAAACAGGGUUUCAUCAUUUGCCUGUGCUAGAGAGGAUGAGCUGUAUGGGUCCUCAAAAUUCUCCCCUUAUUCACAAGAGGAAACUACCUAUCGAAGAAGGGGCUCAAAGUACAGUAGAAGCAGUCCUCACUCGCCUUCAUCUGAAUGCAACAGCCAUUGGUACAAUAAGAGAGAAUUGAUGAGGAUGGAAGGCUGGAGCCAUAGCAUGGUUCUCUCUGGCAAUGAAGAGAUAAUGGGUCCAUCUCACAAUGAUUGUGGGAUCGGUUGUUGUUGGUCAAAAACACCAAAAUCUAGAGAAAGAAGGCUUCCUCAUCUUUGUGGGUGCAGCCCACCAUCUGAUGAAGUUCAUUGCUCAAGAAAGAAAUGGCUUAAAGCUUUUCCAAGGGGAGAGAUGGCCUGGAGUAAGGAAUCUACUAGGGGUUCAGGAAACACCAACCUUUUGUUUCCUUCUGAUGUAGAAGCCCUCCCAUUGUUGACUGCUACUUGUUCCAGGAAAUCAGUGUCUGAGGCCGCAGAAGAAAGUAGAAGUGGGCCAAUUUCUGUGUCUCCCAAAGAUAGAAUGGAAUUGGCUGCUGAAUUCAGAGAUUUGUCAUUGUAUUCCAAUGCAAAUAGGACACUAAGCCAGAAAUAUAGGCCAAAAACUUUCAAUGAGCUUGUGGGCCAAAAUAUAGUGGUGCAAUCUCUUGUUAAUGCCAUCUCGAAAGGGAAAGUUGCCCCUGUCUAUCUCUUCCAAGGUCCUCGCGGUACUGGCAAAACAUCAACCUCUAGGAUUUUUGCUACUGCUUUGAAUUGUCUCUCUCUAGAGGAACACAGGCCAUGUGGUUUUUGUAGGGAAUGCACAACUUUUGCAUCAGGAAGGUGUGAAGAUGUUAAAGAAAUGGAUGCAGCCAAAUUUAACAAUAUAAAUAAGCUCAAAGGUCUUCUUAAGCAUGUUUGUAGUUCUCCUGUUUUGACACAGUUUAAGGUUUAUAUUUUUGAUGAGUGCCACUUUCUUAAAGGUGAAUCUUGGGCUGUUCUUUUGAAUUGUGUUAAGGAACUUCCUAGACAUGUUGUUUUCAUAUUGAUUACCUCUGAACCAGAUAAGCUUCCUCGAACGGCUCUAUCUAGAUGCCAGAGAUACCUUUUCCUGAAAAUCAAGGAUGCAGACAUUGUGAGCAGGUUGUAUAGGCUUUGCAUGGCUGAGAAUUUGGAUUUUGACAAGGCUGCUCUGGACCAUAUUGCCAUGAGAUCUAAUGGUUCCCUUAGAGAUGCAGAGACCAUUCUUGAUCAGCUCAGUUUACUUGGACAGAGGAUAACAAUCCCCCUAAUACAUGAACUUAUUGGUGUGGUUUCAGAAGUUGAGUUGCUGGAUUUGCUGGAUUUGGCUCUAUCUUCUGACACUUCAAUGACAGUUAGGAGGGCUAGGGAACUUAUGAGGUCUAGAAUUGAUCCUAUGGCUUUAGUAUCUCAACUUGCAAAUCUCAUUAUGGACAUUCUUGCGGGUAAAUGUCAAUUGGGAAGCAUGAAGAAUAAUAAUGCUUUAACUGAAGUUGAGCUGCAGAAACUACGACAUGCAUUGAAGAUACUCUCUGAAACUGACAAACAAUUAAGGUCGUCAAGGGAUCAAAUAACAUGGCUUACAGUAGCACUACUGCAGUUCGGUAGUUCUGAAUCUUCUUUGGUCUUGGAUUCAAGUGGUCCAAAUGCAUACCAAAACUUUUCAAAUUUAAGAGAGAAUGGCCCUUGCAGCACAUCCUAUGCCAAUGGGAAAUUGGAACAUCCAAAAGAUGAUAUAAGAGAUGAUAAUGCGUCAUGCUGCUUGGAUGCUCAUAGUGAUACUUCUGGCAAAUUGGAUUUAAUUUGGAGACGAGCUAUAUCACAGUGUCAAUCAUGCACUUUAAAAGAGUUUUUACAAAAGGAGGGCAAGCUCUUGUCCAUUCAUGUCAAAAACGGUACUAAAAACGGUUUGGCAGUUGCUGAACUGCAAUUUUGUCAUCCUGAUCAUGUAUCAAGGGCAGAGAAGUCAUGGAAAAGUAUUGCAAAUUCACUUCAGAAUGUGCUUGGUUGUAAUGUAGAAAUCAGAAUUAAUAUGGUCUAUUCACCAGCACCAACAAAUAAUGUCAAGCUUCAAACUCAACCACAUGUCUUGUUAAGCCAGUUGGCUGGAGGCCAAGCAAAGAUACUCUCUCCUCUUGUGGGAGAGAAGAAUCAGUCACAUGGUGAUGUUAUUUCUCCUGAACAGGUUGAAAGGAAGAAUAGUGUGAGAAGUCCUUCUUGUGGAAGUGGGUGUAAAUUCUUCAAUUGCAUAAGGCAAUCUGAUGAUGAAAGAUCACAUUAUGUAGUCCAUUUUCACCCUGAAAAAUCAGAGGCUAUGGGUGCCAUUGCAAGAAACAAUAAAAGCAUUCAUUCAUUUGAAUGUCAGAGAACAAUAGAAGAUGAUUUUCUUAAUGGCAACAACUUUGAAAUUGAUUGUUUGAAAGAUUCAGAGAAUAAUCAAUCCCAUGGUGUUCCAAAGCUUGAAAAGCAGCCCAGUUGCUUCUCAAAGACCAAGCUUCACAGAAACUUUUGCUCAUCUAAUGCCACUCAUACAACUCGUGUUAGGAUUCCUGCACAUAAAAAAUCUGGACUAUCAAUGCCAAAGGAGGCAUCUUUCAGGACCUAUGUAUGUACAGAUGAGCCUUUUAUUCAUAAUCCAAAUUCAAAUACACAAAUGACAGUCAGGAACGGCUCUGAAGAUGAUGACUUACCAUGCAGAAGUUCAAAGAUUGACUUGAAGCUGCAUUGUUGGAAAGCUCCCAAGUUUCUUUUCAAAAAGGCAUGGCAUCAGCGAAGAAGACGGAGGUUGAGACGGUCCCAUUUGCUACAUUGGGUUUUACCAUGUGCUACCUCCAAGUAGUUUAAUGCAGCACAUGAAUGCUGAAUCGAUGGUAUAAAGCAACAUUGAAUACUUGAGUUCCUGGUUUAAAGCACAUGAAUGCUGAAUCGUUGGUAUAAAGCAACAUUGAAUUCCAUUGAAACUCUUAUGACAAACACACUGUAACGAAAAGUCUUUGAUAUCACUUCAUGCACAAUACUUGAGUUCGUGAUAUGGAAUCGUGCUUACUUCUUUGUAAAUUAUUGCAUACAUUAUUUGGUUUGGUUGUUCUAACCGGUAUUUUGAAAUGCAUUUUGCUUUUAAUGUA